ACAAACGUCAAUGGUGCAAUAAAUGUUGGCAAAAAAGAAGCAUUGAAAUAAGGAAGAAAAAAAUUUUGUUCGCGCAUUAUAAUUCAUUAUUAGAAUAUAAUGCAGAAAAUAUAAAUUUCACAACUUGCUGCUCAACAUUUUCAACUAAACAUCAUAACAAAAUAACGUAAGAAUUUAUAGUAGUAACAAAAAAAAAAUAAAAGCAUACACAUAACAAGCCGCACAUUGGAAUUAUAGAAAUUGUGUGUGUCAAAAAUUCCAGACAAAAGUGAAAUAAUUGUUAGCACGGUGAAAAAAUGUCUGUGGAUGCUUAUGGACCGAGUUCUCAGACCUUAACGUUUUUGGAUACUGAGGAGAAUGAUUUAAUUGGAGCGGAUACCCAAGCGUCUGACUUUGACUAUCGUGACUUAACCUUGGCCUCUCAAACUCAAUCUUCACAACUUGAUGGUGGCCUAGGUGCAAGUGGUGGCAUUGGAAAUCAAAACUUACGCAAAUUAGAUUUGCAAACGAAAUUAGGCACCGCUAACGGUUCGGCUGACUUACAAUUCGAAGAGGAAGAUGAAGACAACGCCUUGUGUCCCGUUGAUGAGCUACCCUGUCAUGCCUGCAAAUACUGCGGCAUUCAUGACCCCGGCACGGUAGUGAUGUGUAACAAUUGUAAAAAAUGGUUUUGCAACGGCCGUGGCAGCACUUCGGGCUCUCACAUUGUCAAUCAUUUGGUGCGUGCCAAACAUCGUGAGGUAACUCUGCACUCCGAAGGACCACUGGGAGAAACCGUGCUCGAAUGUUAUUCGUGUGGUGUACGUAACGUAUUCGUUUUGGGCUUUAUACCAGCCAAGGCUGAUUCAGUGGUCGUACUGCUGUGUCGCCAACCUUGUGCAGCUCAAAAUUCUCUAAAGGACAUGAAUUGGGAUCAAGAUCAGUGGAAGCCAUUGAUAUCAGAUCGCUCCUUCCUGGCAUGGCUAGUGAAAGUACCCACCGAACAAGAACAACUAAGAGCAAGACAAAUUUCGGCCGGCCAAAUUAAUAAACUAGAAGAAUUGUGGAAGGAAAAUAUCGAGGCCACCUUUCAAGAUUUGGAAAAACCCGGCGUAGACACGGAACCCUCCCAGGUUUUGUUGCGCUAUGAGGAUGGCUAUCAGUAUGAGAAAAUAUUUGCUCCCUUGGUAAUGUUGGAGGCCGAAUACGACAAGAAACUUAAGGAAUCCCAAACACAAGAAGGUAUUGAAGUACGAUGGGACAUUGGUUUGAAUAAGAAAACCAUAGCUUACUUCACUUUGGCAAAAACCGAUUCUGAUAUGAAACUGAUGCAUGGCGAUGAAUUGCGUUUGCGUUAUGUGGGUGAGCUACACAAACCCUGGGAUGCUGUCGGCCACGUUAUUAAGGUUCCCGAUAAUUUCGGUGAGGAUGUGGGCUUAGAAUUGAAAUCUUCUGCCAAGGCCCCUGUGCAUUGUACUUCCAAUUUUGCUGUAGAUUUUAUAUGGAAAUGUACUUCGUUCGACCGCAUGCGCAGAGCUUUAAAAUUGUUUGCCUUUGAUCGCAAUUCAGUGUCUAAUUACAUAUACGCUCGUCUUUUGGGUCACGGCCGUCCGGAUGGUUUGGACGAGCUUGUGUUUCGUGGACCUCCUCCCAAACUGUAUAGUGCUCCCAAUUUACCCGAACUGAAUCGUUCGCAAGUCUAUGCCGUUAAGCAUGCUCUACAAAGACCUCUGAGUCUUAUCCAGGGUCCGCCUGGAACCGGAAAAACCGUUACUUCUGCUACUAUUGUAUAUCAACUCGUCAAACAACAUGGCGGCACUGUAUUGGUAUGUGCCCCCAGUAACACUGCUGUAGAUCAGUUGACUGAGAAGAUACAUCGCACAAAUUUGAAAGUGGUACGUGUGUGUGCCAAGUCUCGCGAAGCCAUCGACAGUCCUGUCAGCUUUUUGGCUCUACACAAUCAGAUCCGCAAUAUGGAGACAAACAUUGAAUUGAAGAAGUUGCAACAGUUGAAGGAUGAAACUGGUGAAUUGUCGUCGGCUGAUGAAAAGCGCUACAGAACAUUGAAGAGGGCUGCCGAAAAUCAACUUUUAGAGGCAGCUGAUGUUAUUUGCUGCACUUGUGUAGGUGCAGGCGAUGCUCGUUUGCAGCGCAUUAAAUUCACUUCCAUAUUGAUUGACGAGUCGAUGCAGUCUACCGAACCGGAGUGCAUGGUGCCUGUAAUACUGGGUGCUAAACAACUGAUUUUAGUGGGCGAUCAUUGUCAAUUGGGUCCUGUGGUAAUGUGCAAAAAGGCUGCACGAGCCGGUCUUUCCCAAAGUCUUUUUGAACGUUUGGUGGUCCUGGGUAUUCGUCCAUUCCGUUUGGAAGUACAAUAUCGUAUGCAUCCGGAAUUGUCUCAGUUCCCUUCGAACUUCUUUUAUGAGGGUUCGCUGCAAAACGGUGUUUGUGCAGAAGAUCGAAAAUUGAAAAUUGAUUUUCCUUGGCCGCAACCGGAUCGUCCAAUGUUUUUCCUGGUAACACAAGGUCAGGAGGAAAUAGCCGGUUCCGGUACCUCCUAUCUCAAUCGUACUGAGGCCGCCAAUGUAGAAAAGAUUACAACGCGCUUCUUGAAAGCAGGCGUAAAACCCGAACAAAUCGGCGUUAUUACCCCCUAUGAGGGACAGCGAGCAUAUCUGGUGCAGUAUAUGCAAUAUCAGGGAAGUUUGCAUUCAAAGCUUUACCAAGAAAUAGAAAUAGCCAGUGUUGAUGCCUUCCAAGGUCGUGAAAAAGAUAUAAUUAUAAUGUCUUGUGUUAGAUCGAAUGAAAAGCAAGGCAUUGGUUUUCUCAGUGAUCCCAGACGUCUUAAUGUGGCAUUAACCCGCUCCAAAUACGGUACAAUUAUAGUGGGCAAUCCCAAAAUUCUCUCCAAGCAGCCACUUUGGAAUCACUUGCUUAACUUCUACAAGGAUCGCAAAGUUUUGGUGGAGGGCUCUUUGAAUAACUUGCGUGAAUCGCUCAUUCAAUUCCAGAAGCCGAAAAAGUUGGUCAACACUCUUAAUAUGGGUGCACACUUCAUGAGCACCAUGAUGGCCGAUGCUCGGGAAGCCAUUGUACCUGGUUCAUUCUACGAUCGUUCGGGACAAUUUGGUUAUUCGGGUACCACCACAGCGAAUAAUUUUGGCUACAACUUUGGAAACAAUUUGAUUGGCGGUAACAAUUCCGCAUUUGGUUUCACCAAUAACGCCCAUCUACAAAAUAUGGGUGGUCAAAAUACGGCCAACAAUGGCAUGAACAAUUACAUGAAUUCUCCACAUUCAGGUGCUGGUCUCGUAGGUGGUUUUAAUGCUACCGGCUCUCAGCGUCCAAAUAUGAAUCAAUUUAAUACAAAUCUCAACAAUGGUCCCUCUAACAAUCAACACAAUUGGCACAACUUCCAGCAUGAUUCUAUUUCCUACAUAUCGGCUGAAAGAGCUCAAGCGGCCAUGAACAAUAUGCCCGUGCCGGUCGGCAUGUUCAUGAAUAUGAGCAAUAUACCGCCUCGUUUCUAUAAUCAACAUCAACAGGCCAUACAAGCUGCUGCCAAACAAGGCCGUCGUACUGCUGGUUUCUCGGGCAAUCAGUCCAACACCAUCAAUACCAAAAAUACGCCACUUAACAAGGCACCUGGUAAAGGCCGCACUACAAAUUCUGCUGCUACAGCCAACACUAACGCACUAACAUCAGCAACUACUGAGGUCUUGUCAGCCUCCAAUUUGAGCGGCUCGGGCAACUCUUCACAGACUACGGCUCCGAUAUUUACGCAGAAGAAUAUGUCGCAACAAAUGAGUCAAACCGUGUUUACCGGUUUAUCACAACAGCCAGAAUUGUCACAAGAUUUUGGCCAAAUAUCACAAAUGGAUGGUAUAUUAUCACAAGACGUUGGUUUUGGAACGGAUGCACUCAAUAAUGAUCGUUUAAAUUUAGGACUUAAUUCUCAGAGCCAAUUUUCACAGCCUUAUUGAUAGAUACCAAACAGAGGUUGGUGAUCUACAGCAACUAAGAAAAGCAGUAGAAGCAACAACAGCAGAAAUAACAACAAUAUAAGCAACUGAAGUAAAAUCUACAAAAAGAACUAUAAACAAGAACAACCAAGAAACUUUUUUACAAAAAAAAAAAACAAAUCAAAACAAACAACUUUGAAAUAAAAGGAGGAUGACACGUAACGCGUAAACGAAAAGAAAGGAACUACAAAAAAGAAAGUAAGGUUAAGAAUAAACUUUUUUCAACAACAACAGCAACAAGGCACACCACAGACAACAGCAGCAACACAAUUCACAACAACAACAGCAGCAACUAAAAUCAGUUGUACAGCGAACAACAACUCAAAGAUAAUAAUUGUACUAAUAUGAAACGGUUUUACUGCCAUGAUAUUAAACAGAAAGGAUAGAAACAAUCAUCUUGAAAGGAUAAACAAAUAUGUAAAAUUAAAAUUUUACCAAACUCUCUAAGCGCAAGAGGAAGAGAGAGAGAGAGAAAAAGAAAAGAUUAUCAUCCGAAAACUGAACAACAAAGCAUUAAUGUUGCAUUCAAUGACAUGGAUGUGACUAAAGUUGUCAAGUGGUUUUCGGAGCCUUAUAGAAUUUUAAACCCGCUUUCAUAAUUGAGGACAUUUUAGACAAACAAAGAGAAAGUGUGCUUUUAUUUUGUUAGGAAAAAACCAUAACAAACAAUGUAUGGUAAAAUUUAAGUUAAAACUUAAAAGAAACGAAUGACUACAAAGAUAUAGGGUAAACAAACAAAAAGGAUUUUUCACUGUAGCAUACAUAUGGUCUCGGUCAUGCUUUGAUUCUAGCUGUGGCACUGCAAAAACAAGUAAACUCAAUUUGAGCUACUCAAUGACAAUUUGAACUUACCGCCAAUGUGUCCUGUCUGUGUUUCUCAAAAUACAAAUCAAAUGAUGCCAACAAGUAUGCUACACUCUUGAAAACUCCUUUACUACCAACCAGUUGGACAAAACUUAAAUUAACAAAGUUCGCUUGCAAGCAUGGAGGGUAAGAGAGAAUGACAAGAAUGACUGUAAUGUCAAAGUUAAGUUGUAACAUGAGCUCAAUUUGUAAGAGCAUUUGAAUAAUGUUACUUAAACGGUCGUCAUGUGGUUAAUAACUAGAUGAUCACUGAUACUUUUUCUUCCAUUAGUUUCUCCACAUUAAUAAAUAAACUCCCUCUCAUAUGUGAACGACUUGUUUCAGGUUUAUGGUCUCACUGAAAUUUCAAAAAUAAAUCUUUGUAUCAACAAAACAAACAACAACAUUAUUAAUAACCAUAAUCAUAUAACAUUUCAUAUUAAAUUUAAAAACAAAAAAAUGUUUUCAAAAACUAAAAUUUUUACCUUCCCUUUUGUUUAACAAAAGAAAAUUAUUAAUUUUUUUUUUAAAGUAUUUCAAAUUUUACUUGUUUGUUUUAGUGACAUUGCAAAAAUUUCUGUGCCACACACACUCUUCUGUGGGGGAAACGACCGAUCUGAACUUUCUUGCUAAGAAACGGUUUAGACGUCCCACAUAAUUUUAUAGUUUUUGUAAUGUUUGCAUGUUUUUUUUUUUUAUUUAGUAAAUGUUGGCAAAAAAAUAUUUAAUAUCAGGCCAACAAAUACAUACAUAAUUAUUAUUUUAUUUGUAUACUUUUUUUGUUUUCUUAUGUUACAAGUAUAUUAGAGAAAAAAAGAAACGAAUUGUUUAGAUUAAACUUAAAAUGAUAUGUAAUUCGUUUGGAUGUCUGUCAUCAAAACUAACAAAAUGUAUUUGCAAAAAAACAAAACAAAAAUAAUAAACAGAAAAUGCUAAAAUAAAGAAUAUACAUACAUUAUUGCUAUCAAUGAA